AUGCCGGAUUUGGAAGAAUUCGGCGAAGAUGAGGAUGAAGAUGACGAGUGGGAAGUUGUUCAAGAAACGCACUGCCAUUUGGAACUUCCCGACUGCCCUGUCAAGCUUUCGGAAGCUGAGAAAAUCCGCGUGGUCGGGCUGGACUCGGAAGAGCCCUUCAUCCAAGUCAACAACAUUUUCUUCAAAGGAAACUACGAAAAGACGCUCGGGACGACGAUCUUCUUCGACGGCAAUAGCAAGGCGCAGAGCAUGGUCGGCCAGGAAAUCGGAAAAACUGAAAGGAAACUGCUGAUGAAGGAAGUUCAUUUGAUCAAGAGACGCGACUCCUUCCACGAAGCAGAAGAGCGCGAAAAGCGAGGCCGAUUCCGAAAUAACGACAGUCCGCCGCCCUUCCUCGAAAAAGAGUCUUCUUCGCGAGCGAUAAUUCCAAACUCAGACUCGGAGUCGGAGCAAGACUCGGACGAAGACUCCCUUAUCGAGAUUUCUGACGGUUCUGAAGAAGAAGCGGAAAUGAACGAAGAAUGA